GCGAGCCAAUGGGAUGCCGGCGCCGGCGGCCGCGGCAGGGUGAGAGGGCGCGAGGCCCCGCCCCGUCCUCCCUUGGCCCCCCUCGGCCCCGCCCUUCCCGCCCGGCCCCUUAGCCCCGCGCCGCCGCUGGUGCCGGUCGCCGCGCUGGGCCCGCCCCCAACCCUCCCGCCGGCCCGCCAGCGCGCCUCACAGCUCCCUCCUUCUCUCUCUCACGCCUAGCGCAAUGGCGGCGGCCGCGGCGGAGCAGCAACAGUUCUACCUGCUCCUGGGAAACCUGCUCAGCCCCGACAAUGUGGUCCGGAAACAGGCGGAGGAAACCUAUGAGAAUAUCCCAGGCCGGUCCAAGAUUACAUUCCUCUUACAAGCCAUCAGAAACACAUCAGCUGCUGAGGAGGCUAGACAAAUGGCCGCUGUUCUCCUGAGACGUCUCUUGUCCUCUGCGUUUGAUGAAGUCUAUCCAGCUCUUCCGUCAGAUGUCCAGACUGCUAUCAAGAGUGAACUGCUCAUGAUCAUUCAGAUGGAAACACAAUCCAGCAUGAGGAAAAAAAUUUGUGAUAUUGCUGCAGAAUUGGCCAGGAAUUUAAUAGACGAGGAUGGCAACAACCAGUGGCCUGAAGGUUUGAAGUUCCUCUUUGAUUCAGUCAGCUCACAAAACAUGGGACUCCGGGAAGCUGCCCUUCACAUAUUUUGGAACUUUCCUGGAAUUUUUGGGAACCAACAACAGCACUAUUUGGAUGUCAUCAAACGGAUGUUAGUUCAGUGUAUGCAAGAUCAGGAACAUCCUUCGAUCAGGACACUGUCUGCUAGAGCGACAGCCGCCUUCAUCCUCGCCAAUGAGCACAACGCUGCUCUGUUCAAACACUUCGCAGACUUGCUGCCUGGGUUCUUACAGGCCGUCAAUGACUCGUGCUACCAGAACGAUGAUUCGGUCCUAAAAUCCCUCGUUGAGAUUGCGGAUACUGUUCCAAAGUAUUUGCGUCCUCACUUAGAAGCAACUCUGCAGUUAAGCCUAAAGUUGUGUGGAGACACUAACCUCAACAAUAUGCAGCGCCAGCUUGCCCUUGAAGUGAUUGUGACGCUGUCAGAGACUGCAGCUGCUAUGUUAAGAAAACACACCAAUAUCAUCGCACAGACUAUUCCUCAGAUGUUGGCAAUGAUGGUUGACCUAGAGGAAGACGAGGACUGGGCAAAUGCGGAUGAGCUAGAAGAUGAUGAUUUUGAUAGCAAUGCAGUUGCUGGUGAGAGCGCAUUAGACCGAAUGGCCUGUGGACUUGGUGGAAAGCUCGUUCUGCCAAUGAUUAAGGAACACAUUAUGCAAAUGCUUCAAAACCCUGAUUGGAAAUACCGGCAUGCCGGGUUAAUGGCCUUAUCUGCCAUUGGUGAAGGGUGCCACCAGCAGAUGGAAGGAAUUCUAAAUGAGAUUGUAAAUUUUGUCUUGCUUUUCCUUCAGGAUCCUCACCCAAGAGUCCGGUACGCAGCCUGCAAUGCCGUGGGUCAGAUGGCUACAGAUUUUGCACCUGGUUUUCAAAAGAAAUUUCAUGAGAAGGUGAUUGCAGCUUUGCUUCAGACCAUGGAAGACCAAGGCAACCAGCGGGUGCAGGCCCAUGCAGCGGCUGCUCUCAUUAACUUCACUGAAGACUGUCCUAAGUCUCUGCUUAUUCCGUACCUGGAUAACUUGGUGAAGCAUCUGCAUUCCAUUAUGGUACUCAAGCUCCAGGAGCUGAUUCAGAAAGGCACCAAGUUAGUUUUGGAACAAGUUGUGACAUCCAUUGCAUCAGUAGCAGAUACUGCAGAAGAAAAGUUUGUUCCCUACUAUGACUUAUUUAUGCCAUCUCUGAAGCACAUUGUGGAGAAUGCAGUCCAGAAGGAGCUGAGACUGCUGCGGGGGAAGACCAUCGAGUGCAUCAGCCUCAUCGGUCUGGCCGUCGGGAAGGAGAAGUUCAUGCAGGAUGCUUCAGAUGUGAUGCAGCUAUUGUUGAAGACACAGACAGACUUCAAUGAUAUGGAAGAUGAUGACCCUCAGAUUUCUUACAUGAUCUCAGCAUGGGCCAGAAUGUGCAAAAUCCUUGGGAAAGAAUUCCAGCAGUACCUUCCUGUGGUUAUGGGGCCGCUGAUGAAGACCGCUUCAAUUAAGCCUGAAGUGGCCCUUCUAGACACCCAGGACAUGGAGAAUAUGAGUGACGAUGAUGGUUGGGAAUUUGUGAACCUCGGGGAUCAGCAAAGUUUUGGGAUUAAAACUGCAGGACUGGAGGAAAAGUCAACUGCUUGCCAGAUGUUGGUUUGCUAUGCUAAGGAAUUAAAGGAAGGUUUUGUGGAAUACACUGAACAGGUUGUGAAACUGAUGGUCCCGCUGCUGAAAUUUUAUUUCCACGAUGGGGUCCGAGUGGCAGCAGCAGAGUCCAUGCCUCUUCUGCUGGAGUGUGCGAGAGUCCGGGGUCCUGAGUACCUUACACAGAUGUGGCACUUCAUGUGCGACGCUCUCAUCAAGGCUAUCGGCACGGAACCUGACUCAGACGUCCUCUCGGAAAUAAUGCACUCCUUUGCAAAGUGCAUUGAAGUAAUGGGAGAUGGGUGCCUCAACAAUGAACACUUUGAAGAGCUGGGAGGUAUACUAAAGGCUAAGCUUGAAGAACAUUUCAAAAAUCAAGAGUUGCGGCAAGUUAAAAGACAAGAUGAAGACUAUGACGAGCAGGUUGAAGAGUCACUACAAGAUGAGGAUGAUAAUGAUGUUUAUAUACUGACUAAAGUGUCAGAUAUUUUACACUCAAUAUUCAGUAGCUACAAAGAAAAGGUGUUGCCGUGGUUUGAACAGCUGCUCCCAUUAAUUGUCAACCUGAUUUGUCCACAUAGGCCGUGGCCAGACAGACAGUGGGGAUUGUGCAUCUUCGAUGAUAUCAUAGAACACUGUAGUCCGGCUUCAUUUAAGUAUGCAGAAUAUUUCUUAAGACCAAUGCUCCAGUAUGUGUGUGACAACAGCCCAGAAGUCAGGCAAGCUGCGGCGUAUGGCCUCGGCGUCAUGGCGCAGUAUGGUGGAGAUAACUACCGCCCUUUCUGUACAGAAGCACUCCCGCUGCUUGUAAGAGUCAUUCAGUCUGCAGAUUCUAAGACCAAAGAAAACGUCAACGCCACAGAGAACUGCAUCUCAGCAGUGGGAAAGAUGAUGAAGUUCAAGCCCGACUGCGUGAAUGUGGAGGAGGUUCUACCACACUGGCUGUCGUGGCUCCCCCUUCAUGAAGAUAAAGAAGAAGCUGUCCAGACCUUCAGUUACCUGUGUGACCUGAUUGAAAGUAAUCACCCAAUUGUUCUUGGCCCAAACAAUACCAAUCUACCGAAAAUAUUCAGUAUAAUUGCAGAAGGAGAAAUGCAUGAGGCCAUUAAACAUGAAGACCCCUGUGCCAAACGCCUGGCCAAUGUAGUUCGCCAAGUACAGACUUCUGGAGGACUAUGGACUGAGUGCAUAGCACAGCUCAGUCCGGAGCAGCAGGCAGCCAUACAGGAGCUCCUGAACUCUGCCUGAAGGGCCUUACUACCACCCGCCAGAAGACUAACUCCAAAUAAACGUUUACCCUUUUGUUUAGGUUUCUUUGUUUUGUUUUUGAGCAAGGAGAGCAGUAGUGUUGUGUGUAGGCCAUUCUUCUGGACCCGUGCACAGGAACAGCAGCCCUGUGUGCAGCGUGGACUGCCGAGGAUCCUCCAGAUCCGCAGAGGAGGUCCUUGUAAGCCCUAUGGUAGCACUGCAGAGUAUUUUUCUAUUGCUGUGUCCGACCCAUGUGAAGGGAAAGGGGAAAUGGUUCCUUUUUCUCGGUAGAUACAUAAGGAAAGCAGCUUUCAGAUCUGUUCAUCCACAUAGAUGUGUGUUACACAGACUGGGGGGCAACCUAGUGUUUAUUCUGUAAAUGGAGUGAGGUCUGGCGGGCAGAAAGAAGCCUUUACCAGCCAACCAGCUGCAAACAACUGCUGACAAACCAGAAGCACGGGGCUGUCACUUGAUGUCACUCUGGUUCUUUCCCAGACGGCUUAUGCAGUGACAGUGUGGAGGCUGUCCCACUCCCGGCCCUUGAAUGUGAAGUAUCGUUGGCAUGUCUGGCAGUAGUCUCAUUCACUCCUCAAUAAACAGCAUUGAAAUACAAAGAGGCCUGUGUAGAACUUGAGUACUGUCUGUCUUUGAUUCCUUUCAUGUUUUAACAAAGAGUGAUCUGAUAUUUUUUUAAGGUGAUAGCUCUGGCUCAGUGCUUUACCUCCACUCUGUGCAGUGCGGCCUUGGAGGUGUCUGCCGUCUGAGUUAACUCAAGCUCAGUUAUAACACAGCUGCUCUGAUCACAUUGGUGUUCUGAAGGUUUGCAGAUUCAACCAGCUUGUUUAAAGCUAGGAGUAUUCUGUAGAUCAAAAAGUUUUGGCAUAGGAUUUUGAUUGCAGAUUGUAAUUGCUUUACAGCCACAUGCAGCAUUUGAAUUUUUUAAUUUUACAAGUAUUAUGGCUAAACUUAUUUACUGAAAAUUUCAGUAAAAUGUGUGAAAUUUUCUUUAUGUAUUAACCUCAGCAGUAACUGACUAGCUGUUGUUUCCUUUAAGUAAUUUUUCUAAGGGAUCUUAAUAGAUUUCUGUUGAAACCUCGGUGUUAACGUUUUCAUAGUUUGUACUAAAUUUAACUGUGAUACAAAAAUGAGUUUUAUGCAUAAAUCAGAAUUUAAAAUUAAACAAUUUCUUUCUUUAAA